UUGAAUAUGUAAAAAACUAUUUCAAUCUAAGAUAGAAUAUAAUUACGACCUAAUAUUACUCUUUACAUAUUGUUACACUGUUUUGAUAAAAUGGAGCAAUAACAUCAACAACAAUAAAUAAGUAAAGCCAUAUUAUUAAAACAUUUAAAAUAUAAAAGUGAUACUUAAGGCAACAGUUGGAUUGUUUUUGCAAACAAAAGAUUUUUGUUUUUUUUUAUAUUGGCCCUGCUGUCCUUACAGCAAGAGGGAAGGACAGCAGGGGAGGGGCGAGGAGGUAUGGUCAGGCCUCAAUGUCACAGUAGGCCUUUGCUACAGUCAUGGCGGUGAGCACUGGAGAGCAGCAGCAUGUGGAGCAAGUUUAAAGAGAGAAAACAGGUUUGAUAGUAACAAUGAAAACAUCUAUAAGGAGAAGAAGAGUUCAACCUCAACAUGACGCAGAAUACUAUAUUAAGCUGAAAAUUGACAAGACUGGUCUAACAGAACAGUUCAUCAACCCAUGCAAAGGUCGUGGUGUAAUUGCCACACAGCUUUUCAAACAGGGAGAUUUUAUCCUUGAAUACCGUGGAAAGCUUUCUAAAGUGGAUCCUUACCUUCAAAGAGAUAAAUUCAAUGAUACAGUGGAAGUUUUUUUGUUUGAUUUCAAAUGGAAAGGGACCUGCUGGUGCAUUGAUGCUUCUAUUGAAGACAAGUCACUGGGACGACUAGUGAACGAUGACCACCGAAGGCCUAACUGUAAGAUGAAAACAGUUGAAGUUGAAGGGAUACCACAUCUUUGCCUGUUUGCCCUCCGAGACAUUGAACCAGGAGAAGAAAUAACUUAUAACUACGGAAAAGCUGAUUGGCCUUGGCGCAAGAUGGACAAAUCUUCUACCCCUGAAGUCAGCAAUCAAACUGGCAAUGAUGAACACCGCCAUCAGGACAAAUCCACCCCUGAAGUGAGCAACCAAACUGGCAAUGAUGAACACUGCGCUCAGGACAAAUCUUCUACCCCUGAAGUCAGCAACCAAACCGGCAAUGAUGAACACCGCCAUCAGGACAAAUCUUCUUCCCCUGAAGUCAGCAACCAAACUGGCAAUGAUGCACACCGCCAUCAGUCACGGUUAACCAAGCUGCGGCAGCAUCAUGAGAAAUGCCUGAAACGUCACAGAAUGGCAGAGGAGGAGCAUAAUGCUAAAGAAAAACAUUACACCAUGAUUUUAAUGAAACGUGCAAAACUAGCACAGGAACUGGCAAAACUGGAUGCUCUUCUAAAAUCCCAGCCUGAAAAUACUACUGACAUGAGUUCUCAGCAUGAUAUUCAGCCACUACCUUCAUCUGAUAGUUCCUUCUUGGAGGAAUUAAGGACCAGCGAAAGAUUGGAAAAAGAGCAGCAGGCAAGAGUUCCUUCUGUAUUUUCCACAUCACCAAUUCAACCUGAAAAUUGCUCUGUUGAAUACUUAAAAAAGAGGCCAUCAAGACAAAAACAGGUCUCUACAUAUACAGAAACAUCUUUUGAUGAAUCUGAUUACACAGACUAUAGUGAUGCUGAUUAUAUUCCAGACUCUGAAGGAAGUUCCUCUCAGAAAGACGAAGAUGUGCCUCUUAAUCCAAUUGCAAAGAAGCCUCUGCCUUCUCUGCGAUACCCCCAUGUAUCGCCAUCAAAACAAGAUAUUUCUUCAGAAAUUUCAGUGAAUAGAAAUGUUACCAUUAGUCCUAAGAAGAAGAUCUCUGAAACUCCAAGAAAGAGAAGGUUCUUAUCCCAAAGUGCAACAAAUAGCAAUGAAAGUACACCAAAGAAAAGCAGAGUUGAAGAGAUUUCGGACUCAAUCAGAGUGUUACCACCUUUAAAGUCUGGAAAUCGCCGUGUGUAUAAUAAGAGAAACUAUUGUCUGUAUUGUCUCCAACCCACAUCAAAACUUGCACGACACCUGGAGGCUGUACAUAAAAAUGUAGAAGAGGUUGCUCUUGCCUUUCAAUAUCCCAAAAAUUCAAGAGAGAGACGCAAUAGGUUGAACAUGCUUAGAAGACGUGGAAACUUUGCCCAUAAUGCCAGUGUGGUCAAGAGGGGAGCCGGUGAGCUCCAGGCCUGCUAUAGACCAAGGAAAUCCAGGGGUGCCAUUGAUUUCAUUCACUGUUAUCACUGCCAAGGACUCUAUGCUAAGAAAACACUGUGGAAGCACAUGAGAAGAUGCCCAGCAAAGAAAGAAAGUAAUGAAGACUCCAAGAAUGGGAAGCAGAGAGUUCGAUCCAAAUGUGCACUGAAAACUGCUGUUGCUCGUGACAUUGGAGAGGGUUUGAAAACUGUUAUUUCCUGUAUGAAAUAUGAUGAAAUUACUCAAUUAAUUCAAAAUGACCAACUUCUUCUGCAGUUUGGACAGCACCUGUAUGAUCUGAAUGGCUCAAGAAAGAACAGACAUGACUACAUAAGGCAAAGGCUUAGGGAACUUGGGCGACUGCUUCUUACGACUCGGAAGAAUACUGCCAUUCAAAAGGCAGAGGAACUGAUUUAUCCUGCGAACUUCAAUCAUUUGAUAUCUGCAGUGAAAGAGUUGGCUGGGUACAAUCCAGAGGGAAAUACCUUCCAGAAACCUUCCUUGGCUCUAAAAAUUGGCAACAAUCUGGGAAUUAUCUCUGAGCUUGUUGAGACUGACAACUUGUCCUCAGAAGACGGAGACCCAAGCCUUGUGCAAUUUGCCCGAGAAUUUAGGAUGAUCAAAAAUUUUAGAUGGAAGGGACUGAUCACCAGAGGUGCAACAACAACUAUGAAGGAGUCCAAGUGGAAUGCACCACAGAUUUUACCUUUGACAGAUGAUGUCAAAUGUUUGGAUAGUCAUAUGGAGACUGUUAAAGCUGGUGCUGAAAAAGUACUGAGAUUGACGCCCACUCCAUACCACUAUGCAAUGCUUGCCAAAGUAACACUUGCUCAAGUGAUCAUUUUUAACAGAAGAAGAGAAGGAGAGGUAUCACGAAUGGAGUUGUCCACCUUCAAAGAUAGAAAAAAGUCAGAAAUCAAUGUGGACAUGACUGCUUGCCUGACCCCACUUGAGAACAAAGUGUGUGAUUUCUUCACCAGAGUAGAAAUCCGUGGAAAACGAGGGAGAGGCGUUCCUGUUCUCUUAAAACCAUCCAUGGUCUCUGCAAUGGAGCUCCUUGUGGAAACGCGUGAAUCUUGUGGUGUCCCCAAAGAGAACAUCUACAUGUUUGCUAGACCAGGAGCUUUAUCUGCCUAUCGAGGAGGAGACUGUAUCCAGAUGUUUGCAAAGGAGAGUGGUGCCAAACACCCUGAAUUCUUAACAUCAACAAGGCUCCGAAAGCACAUAGCAACAAUGUCACAGGUGCUUAAUCUUCAAGAAAAUGAAGCAGACCAACUAGCAGACUUUCUGGGUCAUGACAUCCGUGUGCACAGGCAGUAUUACCGCUUGCCUCAGGGAACCCUUCAGCUUGCUAAGAUGAGCAAAGUGCUUUUGGCAGUGGAGAACGGAACUCUUUCACAUUACAAAGGCCAAACACUCGAUGAUAUUGAAAUUGACCCUGAAGAAAAAGUUGAUUUGCAAGAUCUGGAUUCCUCAAGCGAUGAGAGUGAGUCUCUUCAUUCAGCUAUGGAGACAACAAAUACACAAGAAACUGAGACAACAGAUCAGGAUGAAGACACUGGACCAGGGACUUCUUCAGGUCCAACAACUUGUUACCAUCCUCCCUUGAAAAAGGGCAACCAAGGUAACUCCAAACGUAAGUGGGAAGACCGUGAGGUACGUGCAGUUGAAAGACACAUGAUGCGUUUCAUCCACACAUGCAAGGUGCCUCAGAAGCUGGACUGCAUUCGGUGCAUCAAUGCAGAACCCUAUGCACUCAAAGACAGAACCUGGACUGGGGUAAAAAAUUACGUUAGAAAUCGCAUUACUGCCUUGAAGAGAAGAGCUUGUGCAAAGGACUGAGAGCUGUUUGUUCAUUUUCAGUUCCAUUUAAGUUCUCUGUUUUUCAGGUAAAAUGGUUCGGAAUAUGUUUUGAACAAUUUUAGGCUCAGUGAUUAGGUGUAUUUUUACCUCAAGCCUUUCCUCAUUCUGAGGGGUUACAAAAAACAAAAAACUUUUUUUAAGUUGACAGUUUUUAAACUUAGUUUUCAUUAUGUAUCCACAUCAUGUUGAAUGUAUUUGGAAGCAAAGUUCUUAUUUUAUUAAUGUUUGGUUGAAGCAGGCACUCAGUGGUCCACAUGUAUUUUCUUUUGUAGUACGUUUCUGUACAUGUAUAGUGUGCAUGUUAACUGCUAAAACAGAGUUGUAACAAAAGCCACAGAACAUUUAAAUUAUUCUAUGGCACAACAAGUUGGACAGAGCUGUAAUUUCUUCAAAACAAAUAGAGACCUGACUUUGAAGUUCUGGCAAGCCCCUUGCAUGUUGUCAAAUUAGCAAACUGAAUUGUGAAAUAAUUACUGUAGGAUUGGAUAGAAAAAUAUGACCUUUUACAUUGUG